AAAAAAUUAUAUGAAAUACAAUUAUUAAUAUAUACGGAGUAAUUACGGAGUAUUUAUCAAAUAAUGACUUGUAUACGAACUUUUUUUAGUGCAAUUUUAUACGGAGUACAAUUAUUAAAAUACAUUGGGUAUAAUAGGGGUGAGAUAUUAGAUUGACGGAAAGGUGUCCAAAUGCCAUUUUUUCAUUUUUUACUAAACAUUUCUAUCUUAACGUACACAUCAUUUUCCAUUUCAAGUGCUUUUCUUUAUCAGCUACAAAUGCAAAAUGUUUCCCAAAACCCAAAACUCCCAAAACAAAGAAAUCUCCGCAAGAUAGAGACUUUCUCCGCCAAUGGAUAUCGCCCCGAUUCGUGCUUGCCGAGGUCGUGUGGUAGUGGGGGCUUGAGCUGAUUCACAAUGCCUAUGUAUAUGCCCUCUGGGAGGGGCGGCGCGGUGGGUUUUGAAGGUGGCGGUGAUACCCACGUCCUAGAUCUGGACACGGCGGUCAAAGAUGGAGUCUUGGGCGGCGGCGGCGGCGGCGGCGGUUUCGAUGGGCCUGUCGAGUUCGGGGAGAAAAUGGAUCUGAAGAAGGUGAUUAGGGAGCUGAAUUUGUCCGAGGUUCCGUCCGUCUUCAUCUGCCCAAUCUCUCUCGAACCUAUGCAGGACCCAGUGACCCUUUGCACUGGCCAGACUUACGAGAGGUCGAACAUCCUCAAAUGGUUCGGUUUAGGGCACUGCACUUGCCCUACAACCAUGCAGGAGCUUUGGGAUUUCACAGUCACCCCCAACAGGACCCUUCACCACCUCAUCUGUUCUUGGUUCCUGCAGAAGCACCAGCAAGUGAGGAAGAAAUCCCAGGAUGUUUCUGGAAGGGCAAUGGAGAUUCUUGAGACCUUGAAGAAAGUCAAAGGCCAGUCAAGGCUCCAGUCCCUCACAGACCUCCAAUUGGUUCUUUCAUCUCACCCAACUGCUAGGAAGACUGUGGUUGAUGAAGGUGGGGUCCCACUUCUUUCCUCAUUGCUCGGCCCUUUCACUUCCCAUGCUGUUGGUUCACAGGUUGCUGCCAUUCUUGUUCAUUUGAACCUGGACUCAGAAUCAAGAAAGAUUCUGAUGGAACCUUCCAAGAUUUCUUUGCUAGUGGACAUGUUGAACGAAGGCUCUACAGAAACAAAGAUCAACUGUGCCAGAUUAGUCAAACUGGUAAUGGAGGGAAGUGAUUUCAGGGUGGAAAUGGUGUCAAGUCACAGUCUUUUAGCUGCACUGAUGAGGCUAGUGAGGGACAGACGGAACCCGUCCGUCCACUCCCACGGUCUCCAACUCCUGGAACUGAUUUGCUCGCACGAGCAAGUCAGAUCCCUAAUGGUCAGGAUUGGAGCGAUUCCUCAACUGGUCGAAUUGUUGCCGGGCAUGACCACGGAUUGCCUGGAACUUGCAUUGUUGAUCCUGGACAUGCUAUCAUCCGUGCCCGAAGGGAGAGCGGGCUUGAAUGAGUGCCCGAACGGGAUACGGGCAAUGGUGAGGCUGCUCAUGAUGGUCUCAGAGAGGUGCACGCAGCACGCCCUCUCCAUCCUGUGGUCCGUGUGCAUGGUGGGGCCCACGGAGUGCUCGUCCGUCGCGGUGGAGGCCGGGCUGCUGGGGAAGCUGCUGCUCGUCAUACAGAGCGGGUGCAGCCCGGGACUAAAGCAGCAGUCUUCUGAGCUUUUGAAGCUCUGCAGUUUGAAUUACUCCGACACCGUUUUCAUAUCCAAGUGCCGGCUUAACCGGACGAUACAAUGAAGGAGGAGAUCAGAGUGUCUGGUUUGGGUAAGAAGAAUUCAAACCCUUAGUACAUAAAGUUUGAAGAGGGUGAACAAAAAUGUGGACAAAACUGCCCCUCCUCCUCCCUGUCCCUGUUAAAAGUUCAAUGUUUAUUAUUAUGAUGGCAACACCAUCAAUAUGGGCUUCCUGCAGAAAGUUUUGAAUAAAAUGGAGAAAGUGAA